UUUUUUUUUCAUUAGAGUUCUUAGAUCCUAUAUAUUUAUAUAUAAUAUUUUUUUUUGUAUUGAUAUGUUACGCACUAUUUUUUUUAAGCCACUUAAAUCAAAUCAAGCUUUUAAGUUGAUUUAUAAACAAAGAGCUACCUUAGCAACUAGUUCACGUCAAAUACGUGGCGCACAACCAUCUUUAAUUGAAACUGAUCAAUAUGAUCCUAGCUUUGCAAAAAAAGUAUAUACAGUUCGUCCUGUCACUUUCUGGAUGGAUAAAAUUCUUGAAAAGGAAAACAAAAGACCACUCAAUAUUCCAUCUAACCAAUAUCAGCAUCAAAUUAUAAAUAAAACAAUGAUGGAUAGUUAUAUGGAAGAAUACCUACCCUUUAAAUCCUCACCUGCUUUAUUAGAUGAGUAUAUUACCACAGGUGGUAAAAUUAGAAUAGGAAAAAUUCUUGAAGAUUUAGACGCACUAGCAGGUGCUAUUUCUUACAAACACAUUGAUACCUUUAAUCCCCGUGCUCCUCCAUUAACCGUUGUUACAGCAAGUGUAGAUCGUAUGGAACUACUUAUGCCAAAUACAGUUGAAGAUCUUAAGCUUUCAGGUCAUGUUGCUUAUGUUGGUAAAAGUAGCAUGGAAGUGUUUGUUAAAGUUGAAACUAUUCCUAAAUAUGACUCUAAUAUGGUAGAAUCAUCACCAUUUCCUCCUCAAAAUUUUCUUGCUGAACCGACACCGAAUACAGUUUUAUUUGGACGCUUUACGAUGGUUGCGAUAGACUCUACAACAGGAAAAUCUGUUCAUAUCAAUCCUUUAAUUGCACAUAACGAAAGAGAAAUGAGAAUCUUUGAAUAUGCACAAGAGUGUAAAUCACGAAAGAAGCUCAUAGGUGAAUCAGCUCUUGAUAAGGUUCCCCCCACUGAUGAUGAACGUUUAACACUUCAUGAUCUUUAUAUGAAAAAUGCUAAUCAGUUAUCAUCACCAUCUGCUUGGAUAGAAGAUACAAAGUUAAAAAGUGUAUUCUUAAUGCAACCUCAAGAUCGUAAUAUUCAUAACAAGGUCUUUGGUGGAUAUUUAAUGAGACGCGCUUAUGAAUUAGCUCAUGCAACAGGAUCUGUCUUUUGUAAGACACCUGUUCAUCUUUUGUCAUUAGAUGAAAUUGUUUUCAAGAAACCUGUCCCCGUCGGUUCUCUUUUGAAUUUGUCUUCAAAAGUGAUUUAUUCGCAAGAUGAUUCAUUUCAAGUUAGUGUUACAGCUGAAGUUACAGAUAUGAAGACAAAUACAACAGAUGUGACCAACACCUUUCAUUUCUCUUUUACCACUCAACGUAAGGUGGUACCUCAAAUCUUUCCUAAAACAUAUGCUGAGGGAAUGCUUUAUCUUGAAGGAAAAAGAAGACAUGAGCAUGGUCUUCAAGCAAAGAAGCAAUUAUUAAGUUUAAUGUCUAGUUCAUAAUAGCCAUUGUACCAUAUCCUUUACGGAAAAAAAAAGGAGGGAAGAAAUAUUAACCCCUCCACUCCCUCCCCCCUUUUUUUUAUUUAUUCAUACAUAAUAUUUAUUUAUAAUCAAGAAUAACUAUGUACAUACUACUAUAUUUACUAAUUACUGGCUAAUUUCUUAAUAAAUUUUUUAUUCAUAUUU